AUGUCGCCGUCUCUCUCCUCACGAAGACGAUUGCUCUCCUCGCCGGCCGUCGCCAUGGUUCACGGUUAUCCCUCUCCUCCAGUAUCUUCCUCUGUCAAUUCCGGACACAGCUCGCCUCAACCAUACACCAGAGUGGCUAAAGUGCCUAAAUUGUUUUUUCUGAACUUCAAUUCUUACGGUAUUGAGAAUCAUGGAGCUUGUGGUGUCAAAAGGAAAAACAUAACUGUAGGUAGCUCAGUUUCAAGCAGAAUAUCCAACAAUGUGCAAAGACAGCCUCCUCUCGGUGAAAAUCUUUCAACUCAAAGCAGAACCAAAGCAAAGUCUUUCACUGUAUCUUCUCCUUUCAACUUCAUAAGUGAUGAAAGGGCAGAGAAGAGGAAAGGUUCUUCAAGAAGCUAG